AUGAACCUGCUCCUUCGCGCACCAGACCCGCCGUUUCCGGCGACAGAAGCAGCAGCGCGCCUGAGAUUCCCCGAGUCCAGUAGUGACGCCUUCUUCUUGUUCGUGCGCACCACCAGCCCCAUUGUACGAUUAGCUCCAGCCUUCCGAUCGCCCGUCGUCCCCUCAGUUCAUCGUCGGGACCAUCUGCGCGGGAUUCCUCUGUCCGCACAAGAAUUCUCCCAGCGAGCAGCCCUUCAUUCGCGUGUCGUAGGGAAGGCACGAGCACCUCUUUUCCCGAACAGCAGCGGCUAUUAUCUCAUAUCUCCCCCGCUCGUCAGAAAAAGAAAUGCAACCCCGCACAGCAAUGCCGCCGCAAGCAGGCCCUUCCUCCGCGAUCGCUCCGACGUGACGACCUGCAACCCCGCUGCGACCCCGUCACGGCGAGACCCUCUACCACAACCAGUAGACCCACAGCGCGUCGGCGAGCCCUCCUCCGCGAGCCCUCACAGUGAACCUGCUCCUCUGCGCACCAGACCCGCCGUUUUCCGGCGACAGAAGCAGCAGCGCGCCUGA